GAGAACUCGGCCGUGGUCUCAACUCGCGGCACAGUCUCCUCUCCGAGGGGAAGCGGACAUCGCUUGUUCGUGAGGUCCGUUAAAAGUAUUCGUUACGGGUCUCGUGUACUACACGAUCACCAGGGCCGAUCGCGUAUUGAAAGCUGUGCAAAAGUUCGUCGAAGCUCCAGGUUCCGCUUCGUUCCCUCGCGUGCGUGCGUAAAGGCGUGCGCGCGCGCGCGCAUAGUCGCUCGAACUCGAUGGUUCAGUUGGUUAUCGACGUUCGUAUGUACGGGGCGCGUUGCUAGAGUUCUCCUUCGAGGCAGUUCAGUCGGGAAAGGAAAGAAUUCGCGCGGGACGAAAUAGAAAUAAAAAUCGGAGAAACGGAAGAGAAAAAUAGCCGUCGAAGAGGUGGGAGGGCUACAUGGCUCCUAAAAUCGCCUGUUCGUUCCGUCGUCCACGCGUCAGUCGUCCACGUUCCAGCGUACGCCAGAGGACCGUUCGAUCGAAAUAAAUUAAACGAUGCCCGAAUCGGUUUCUUCCGCGAUCUGAGGACGACCGGCUUAUAUGUCAGACGCAAUCGAGAGGAACGCUGCGAUCAACGGAAGACGAAAGAGGAGAAAACCGAGGGAAAAGAGGGCAUGCGGGAUAGUACAGAUACGUGAAACGUGGGCUUCCAUCGAGAGUUAAAGUGUGAUUGUGCGGAUCUCAUCUCGAUGCUUCGAUCCCGCUCGAGAAGCGUGCUGUCUGCGCCCGCUACGGGAAUCGCUCGAUCCGAAUCGUGUCAGAGAUUCCGUUAAUCGCUGUCGUAUCGAUCGUCCUCCAGACAGGAAUUCGAACGAUCCUGGCUUGAUCGAUGCUGAAGAACAAUAAGACUCUGAGCAGACCGAAUAACAGGGAGACGAAGAAUACCUUAAGGAGGUCCCUCCCGUCCGCUGUUCGCAGAAAACAGCCCGCGUGGGAGCCUGUUCGACGAAUAGGCGGGUUCUUACCAGGCAUGCCUUCCUCGUUACCCUGAGGAAUCUUUUAUUUUCCUUAUGCUCGAGUAACACGCGGAAGAACAAGCUAUUCUUCCAAUUAGACGAUCGAGAAUCGUUGGGCCUUUUGUUCGACUGCCACCGUUCACGAUCCUUGUCCUCGACAUCAUCGUUGUUAUUGUUACUGUUGUUGCACUCGACGAGCGGCCUUGUCGCUGCUGUCGCUGUUUUACUCUUGCCCGUGAGAUCCGCUUGGAUCGCGGCGAUUUCAAAUUCGCACGCGCUCUUUACACCUUCGGUCGACGCGUUUUAACGACAGGAGAGGUUUGGCUUUGAAACAAGUGACUCCGGAACGAAGAAUGGUAGUCAAGAACGAGAACACGAGAAAUGGGCAUGAGCUGGCUCCGUUGAACGAGGAACGUCAGGCUGGCCAGAACGUGACAAUCGUCGUGACCGGAAGUCAAAAUGCUGCUACCAGCCAGGAAACCAAGGAGGACAACAGAGCGGCAUGGAGCGGCAAAAUGCAAUUUUUCCUCAGUAUUAUCGGCUACAGCGUGGGACUCGGGAAUAUAUGGAGAUUCCCUUACCUGUGCCAACAGAACGGAGGAGGUGCCUUUCUCAUCCCCUUUUUCGUGAUGCUAAUCCUAGAGGGUGUACCCCUCUUUUUAAUCGAGCUGGGUCUCGGUCAACGAAUGCGACAGGGUGCCCUUGGCGUAUGGAACACGAUACAUCCAUGGCUAGGUGGUAUAGGAAUAGCAUCUUGCAUCGUCACCUUCUUCGUAGCGCUUUACUACAACGUCAUCAUCACCUGGUGCUUCUAUUACCUUUUCAAUUCGCUCGAGGCCGUCACGAUUAAAUUCGGCGAACCUCUACCAUGGGCAAAAUGUCCAGAAAUUGACGGGAAGCCGGUGGAGGAAUGCGCGAAGAGUUCAGAAACUGUCUAUUUUUGGUACAGAACCACGUUGGACGCUGCUCCGUCGAUCGAGGAUGGGCAAAGUCUCAAGUGGUGGAUCGUCCUUUGUUUGCUGUUGAGUUGGGUCGUCGUGUUCUUUAUCGUGAUGAAGGGAAUACAAUCAUCGGGAAAGGUGGUAUAUUUUACAUCCAUGUUCCCGUAUUUGGUGCUUACUAUCUUUUUUAUUCGUGGAAUAACGUUAAAAGGUGCCAGCGCUGGAUUGGCCCACAUGUACACGCCAAAGAUAGAGAAACUAUUAGAGCCGACGGUCUGGCUCGACGCAGCGACCCAGGUUUUUUACAGUUUCGGGCUAGCGUUCGGUUCGUUGAUCGCGUUUGGUUCAUACAACACUCCGGACAACAACUGCGUCCGGGACGUGAUCCUGGUUAGCGGCUGUAACGCCUUCACCGCUAUUUACGCGAGUGUCGUAAUAUUCGCCAUUCUAGGCUUUAAGGCGAUGACAAAAGUCGAUAAGUGCCUCGCGAGUAACAAAGACUUACUUUUGCAACAUGGACUUUUAUCGUUAAACUUCACCACGGACGACUACGAUCAAGCUGUAAAUACAUUUAACAAUACCGCAUACAAUUUCACGCUCGACUCCUGCAGUCUCAGUACAGAAUUGGACAAAGCGGCAGAAGGGACAGGAUUGGCGUUCAUAGUCUUCACGCAGGCUAUUGUCGAGCUGCCUGGGGCGCCAUUUUGGUCCUGCAUCUUCUUCCUGAUGCUUCUAGCACUCGGCCUGGGCUCCCAGAUCGGUAUACUAGAAGGAAUGCUGUGCGUCAUUUUCGAUAUUGAUUUGUUCAAGAGAAUAAAGAAGCAAUACAUGACAGGGGUGGUUUGUACAGUAUGUUUCUUCGUCGGUCUGAUUUUCUGCACCGGCGCUGGAGAAUAUUGGCUGAAGAUGUUCGACAGCUUCGCUGGAACUAUAGGUCUCGUGAUGGUCGCUCUUAUGGAAAUGAUAUCCGUCAUCUUCGUAUACGGACACGAAAAGUUCACAAAGGACAUCGAGGAAAUGACGGGCUACCGGCCAGGUGCGUACUGGCAGUUCACCUGGCGGUUCCUAGCCCCGAUCAUCAUGGUUUGCAUCCUCGUCUCCAGUAUAGCAUCCAUGUUCAUAAAGAAGCCCCAAUACUCAGCGUGGAACGCCGUCAAGGGUGAGCCUGUAACUCUGAGUUAUCCCGACUGGGUGAUGGCCAUAGCUGCCGUCAUUAUUUUCGCGGGCAUCGCGCCAAUACCCAUUGUAUUCCUCUUGAGACGGUUCCAAUGUGUCAAAUUGGACGUUGACAUACAUCAAGGCAGUAUACGACGUAUCGAUACCACGGUUUCCACCAAAGAGAUGAUGGGAGACGUCGAUUUGGACGAAUAUCACGAUCGACUGGAAGAUUUCCCGGAGGAGGACGAAGACAUCAACAGCGACGACGACAACAACACCGCACCGCCCAUAACGAAGAUCGUCCCUAACAAACUACAGGGUAAACCCUUCAAGAUGGAAGUAAUGGACUUUUAAAAGCGGAUUCAGUCCAGUAGAAGGAUGAUCGAGAUAUUUCGUGAUAAAACACGAGUUACCGAUCCGCGGUGAGAAGAUCGGUGCUUCUCAAAGCAAUAUUUUAUCUUCCGUCUACGGAACCUGUGACACGGAAGCGAGAAUAAACCGAACGAAAAUCAAAGACAAAAACGCAGGAAAAAUAGGAGAAAAAAAAGAACUCGGCGUACCACGAAGAGAGAUCGUUUCGCCUCAGCUCGCUUACGUCGAUUCGUUUGCUCGGUUCCCGGGACGCUCAUUUUCGUUCGACGACGCUCAAACAUUUGCUAAAUAGUUGAGUUACGAAUAGCGAGCUAUUCAUUAAGGUGUUGUAUUAGGUUUGCUCCGUCGAAUCGAUGAAACGAAUCGUAUUUACAGUUUCCCUUCGCGUUUUUAGAAAGAGUACCGUCUGUUUUGCGUUACUGUACGGCUGCGUUUAGAAUGAGCGAACGAAUGUAGUAUUUUAUUAGACGAUAGUUAGCUCAGCUUAACUUGUAUCUUUAAAUUUAGUGGACUUUGAAUGAUUUUACGGUUGAUAAUGAAUUUCAACGACGGUUCGAUUGUGAAAUUUGUGACAUAAUCGUGGAAUGUGUUUUAUGACAUAACUGGGAAAUGUUUGAAAAAUUUAGAAUUUCAGAUAUGGUGAAACGGAAUUGAAUCGCUUCGUGUUAUGUCGGAAUUGGUCGAAUUGAUUUGUGUCGGUUCAUAGAGCAAAUUAGGAUCAAUUGUACUGAAUUGUCAUACCGACUGCAUUAAAUUGACUGCAUACCGAAUUUCCUCAAAUUAAAUCAUGUUGACUUGAAACAAUUCAAGUUGAAGUACGCAGAAUUGAAUUGCAUCGAAUUGAGUCAUGUUAAAUUGUGUCAAGCCAAAUUCAAUUGUGUCGAGUUGAAUUAUACCGAACUGCAUCGUGUUGAAUUAACUUGUACCGAAUUGUAUCGCGUCAAAUUAAAUUGCACCGAGUUGCAUCGCGUUGAAUUAAAUUGCCCCGAAUUGUAUCGCGUCGAACCAACUUGCACUGAUUUUCAAAUUGGAUCGUGUCAAAUUGUAUGGCGCCAAAUUCAAUUGCCUCGAAUUGUAUUACACUGAAUUGCAUCGCGUUGAAUUAACUUGUACCGAAUUGCAUGGCGUCGAAUUAAAUUGCACCGAAUUGUAUCGCGACGAACUAACUUGCACUGAAUUGCAUCGUGUCGAGUUAAAUCGCAUCAAAUUGGAUCGUGUUAAAUCGUAUCGCGCCAAAUUCAAUUGCAUCGAGUUGAAUUAUACCAAAUUGCAUCGCGUUGAAUUACCUUGUAUGGAAUUGUACCGCGUCGAAUUAAAUUGCACCGAAUUGCAUCGCGUCAAAUUAAAUUGCCCCGAAUUGUAUCGCGACGAACUAACUUGCACUGAAUUGCAUCGUCGCGAAUUAAAUCGCAUGAAAUUGGAUCGUGUCAAAUCGUAUCGCGCCAAAUUCAAUUGCAUCGAGUUGAAUUGCACUGAAUUGCAUCGCGUUGAAUUAACUUCUACCGAAUUGUAUCGUGUGGAAUUAAAUUGCACCGAAUUGUAUCGCGUCAAAUUAAAUUGCACCGAAUUGCAUCGCGUCGAAUUAAAUUGCCCCGAAUUGCAUCGCGUCGAACCAACUUGCACCGAAUUGCAUCGUGUCGAAUUAAAUUGCAUCAAAUUGGAUCUUGUAAAAUCGUAUCGCGCCAGAUUCAAUUGCCUCGAGUUGAAUUACACCGAAUUGCAUCGCGUUGAAUUACCUUGUACCGAAUUGUAUCGCAUCGAAUUAAAUUGUACCGAAUUGUACAGCGUCGAAUUAAAUUGCCCCGAAUUGUAUCGCGUGGAAUUUAAUCGUAUUAAAUUCUAUCGCACCAAAUUGAAUCGCCUCAAGUCGAAUUACAUCGAAUUGUACCGCGUCGAACAAACUUACCCCAAAUUGUACCGCGUCAAACAAACUUGCCCCAAAUUACAUCGACUUGAAUCUAUUACAUGUCAUACCAAAAUGACUUCCCACGAAUAAUUGCCAAUAAUAAUAUACGAAUAAUACCAGAUAAAAUUGUCUCGAAAGACGUCAAACUAGCGUCAAAUGGAGUCCCACCGUAAAAUAAAAUGGCGUCGAAGAUCGUUCGCUCACUCUAAACGCACCCACCGACAAAAACGAUACGUUUCGUUCGAUCUUCCGGCAACAUACAAGUCAGAAUCCGUCGAAACGUUCCCACGAAGCCUCGUCACCGAAGAAGUCUAAAAACGUUCGACGCUGGAAGAAAAUCGCGGCUACAGAUCGUUCGACUUCCGGACGGUGCCAACGUUCCUACUGCUUCCAAACCUCAGGGGUAAAAAACAAAAGAGAAAGAAGAAACGGGAGGUGUCGAAAGAGUCUAACUAGACGUUAGAAACCUACUCGCCUAAAACGGAGAAAUAGCGUCGUAACGAGUAGGGAAUAGAUUAAAUAUAGAGAGACGGUAUCUCUUCACGAGUUUCGUAAUACUUCCGAUUCGCUAGAACCCUGAUUACUUAAGACAAACAAAAGUAGAACCGCGAGAAAGUGUUCCGUCGAACCUAGGAUGUCUCUGUUCAGGGAUCGUCCAUCUUCUUUUUGUCGCUUGCCGCGUUUUACCGAGACGGUAAUGUCGAGCCUGGAUCGAGAAGCUUAGAUCGUACUUAAAACGAAAGAAGAUCUUCGACAAAAGAUACUGAGAGGUUCGGGCAGAAUCUCUCUAGUUAUCGUGUGCUUCUUUCGUGAAUCGCGUUAUCGACACGCCAAGAACAAACAUCCUGCAAACGCAAGAGCGGCUAUCUUUCUGUCGAGCGGUUGUGUCGCUUGGCAAGGUCAGUACCUGGCUCGAGAACAUCGAUGGUGAUACUAUUUGAACGUAUAAAGAUAAAGAUAACUAUACGGUAUAGCGUACACCUUAACAAUUUCAAUAAUCUUACAAGGCAACAUUGCUUGCAAUUUUAACCCUUCAACUUCUGGUAUGGUAAUUCUAUUCUAAUUCUUUUUCAAUAACGUUGUCUUCAUUUUUUAAACAUUUCUGUGGAUAUUGACGUGGCGAAAUCACCAUACCAGAGGCUUAAAUUGAACGAUGAAGCGAUUGUAUUUUUAGCUUGCGAGGUCAUCUGACACCAUCUCAUUGAGAUUAGAAAAUAUUAUACUAAUAUUUGGAUAUCUGAAAGAAUGGGAUUGAGAUUGAGGGGGUGUACCUUAUCUCGCGUAAUUAUUCAAAUUAUUAUGUCGGCGAUGCUCGAAAUACUAUUAUAUUUUUGGCAGCGUGAAUGCUCAGAUUACUCAGAGGAACCGUAUCGCAUUUCAUUUUUCUCGUUUCUAUUCAUUUUCUUUUUCUCUCCCUCUUGUUUAUCUCUACACAGGAGCAUAACCGCUGCUGCGUUCGUAGACAUUAUAAAUAUAGAUCGUACAUAGGGUAUAUUGUAUACACAAGUAUCCAAGACGUUUAAAUAAAAGCUUAUUUAUUGCCGA